CACAGCCAAAACUAUCAACACAGUUCCUUAAUUCUCUCCUCUGUGACUGCUGCUAUUUUUCCUUCAAACACAAAUCAACCUCAGAGCACAACACAACACCACACAAACAUUUUAACCUUAAAAAGGAAAUCUGUGUUUCAAAAAUCCAUGUCAGAAAACAACGCCAACACAACAGACCCUUUAUUGGGAAGAAAGAGCAGCAAAUUUACAAGAAGUGUGUCACAUGCAUACGAUGAAUUACAAAGCUUUAGAUCUUACCUACGGUGGAUGUGUGUCGAUCAAUCCAAUAUAUGGGUUACUUGUCUUUCUUGGUUUAUGUUCAUUCUCUUUGCAGUUGUUGUUCCUGCAAUUUCCCAUUUCGUUUUAGCUUGUUCUACAUGUGAUAGCAAGCACAAAAGGCCUUAUGAUAGCGUUGUUCAAUUGUCUUUGAGCAGUGUUGCCACUCUGUCUUUUGUUUGUCUGUCUAAAUUUAUAAGGAAAUACGGGCUGAGGAGGUUCUUGUUCUUGGAUAAGCUCUGUGAUGAAAGUGAGACCGUCAGAAAAGGGUACACUGAUCAGCUCAAUUGGUCACUGAAGCUUCUGUCCAUUUUUGUCCUUCCAUGCUUUGUAGCAGAAUCUGCAUACAAGAUAUGGUGGUAUGCUUCUGGGGCCUCUCAGAUUCCCUUCUUAGGCAAUGUUAUCCUAAGCGACACCGUAGCUUGCAUAAUGGAACUAUGCUCUUGGCUAUACCGUACCACUAUAAUCUUCCUAGUAUGCGUCCUUUUCCAUCUAAUUUGCCAUCUUCAAAUUCUGCGCCUCCAAGAUUUUGCUCAAGUUUUCCAAGUGGACUCUGAUGUUGAGUCUGUGUUAUCCGAGCACCUUAGGAUCAAAAGGCAUUUGAGGAUCAUCAGCCAUAGAUAUCGUGCAUUCGUUUUAUGGGCCUUGAUUUUGGCCACGGGAAGCCAGUUUGCUUCAUUGCUUAUUACUACAAAGUCUGGUGCUGUUGUUGAUGUUUACAGAGCUGGAGAACUUGCGCUGUGCUCUAUAACCCUUGUCACAGGUCUACUGAUAAUACUGCGCAGUGCUACAAAAAUAACACACAAGGCACAGUCUGUUACUAGCCUGGCUGCUAAGUGGCAUAUUUGUGCAACACUCGAUACAUUUGAUUCAACUGAAGGUGAGACCCCAAGGACCCCAACCGCAAACGGCAUCACAGAUGAUGAAGAAGGCGAUGAUGCUGGUGACGAAGAAGAUGAGUUGGAUAACUCUAAGUUGAUCCCUGCAUAUGCAUACAGUACCAUUUCAUUCCAAAAGAGGCAAGCUCUAGUGAAUUAUUUUGAGAACAACAGAGCUGGGAUUACAGUGUAUGGAUUCACACUUGAUAGGAGUACAUUACACUCCAUCUUUGGGGUUGAGUUGGCUCUUGUUUUAUGGCUGCUUGGGAAGACUGUUGGUAUUUCUUGAGGAGGCACAUGGUUUACCAAUCUGCUAAUCAUUUUCCGGUGGCCGGGACGGUUCAUUUAGAGCUACAGAUAUGGUCCUAUAUAGAGAGAGGGACAGAGAGAGGGAGAUUGUAUCUAUAAAGAGUUUUUGUUUGUAUCAGUUCAUUCUGUCCUCCAUGCUGUGUGCAGUGAGAGUUUUGUUUCAGGUUGAUGUAUUUUUUUUAUUAUUAUUUUUGUGAAAAUAAUAAUAGUAAUUGAUUAUAUUGUUUAUUUCCAUCA